AUGGACUUUUUGGUACCGAAAUCCUUACCACCGAUCGCGACCUACCGAGUCAUGAAUCAGGAAGGAAAGGUGCAGGAUGACUCUCGAGCACCUCCGGACGUGACGGACGAGCAGGUUCUUGAGUGGUACAAGAACAUGUUGACUGUCAAUAUCUUGGAUACUAUCAUGUCUGAAGCCCAAAGACAGGGUCGACUGAGCUUUUACAUGGUCUCAGCAGGCGAAGAGGGGAUCAUGGUAGGAUCCGCAGCAGCUCUCGGCCCCGACGACGUCAUUACGUGCCAAUAUCGAGAGACGGGCGUAUUCAAGCAGCGUGGCUACACGCUCAAGGACUUCCUGAGCCAAUUGGUGCAUAACAAGAACGACCCCGGGAAAGGACGGAAUAUGCCCUGUCACUACAGUGGAAGGUUGAAGACUGGGGUGCAUGCUGUUGCAUCGACUCUAGGGACUCAAAUCCCCCAUGCCACGGGCGCCGCCUAUGCCCUGAAGCUUGCUGAUCGAGAGACCGGCAACAAGUCACCCAGAGUCGCGGUGGCAUAUUUCGGAGACGGCGCGGCAAGCGAGGGAGAUUUCCACGGCGCCCUCAAUCUCGCCGCCGUCCGCGAUUGUCCUGUGAUUUUCAUCUGCCGCAACAACGGAUUCGCCAUCUCGACGCCAACGACGGAGCAGUAUCGUGGGGACGGCAUCGCAAGCCGUGGGAUCGGCUACGGCAUCGAAACGCUGCGAGUGGACGGGACAGAUAUCUUCGCGGUCUACGAAGCAACGAAAGAAGCCCGCCGCCGCGCCCUGCAGAACGGUGGACGGCCCAUUCUCCUGGAAAUGAUGAGCUACCGUAUUUCGCACCACAGCACCAGCGACGACAGCUUCGCCUACCGCACCCACGACGAGGUCAACCCGUGGAAGACGCGGGACAAUCCGAUCGUCCGGCUCAAGAAGUGGCUGGAGAACAAGGGUCUGUGGAACGACGACAUGGACCGGGACGCCCGGAACCAGAUCCGAAAAGACAUCUUGACGGAGCUGAAGGCCGCCGAGCGGGAGAAGAAACCCCGUCUGAGCUCAGUCUUCGACGACGUGUACGCCGAGUAUUCGGAGGAGCAGGAAGCUCAGAGGCAGGAACUUAAGCGGCUGAUGGAGAAAUACCCGGAGGAGUACGAUGCGGAGGACUAUGAAGGCGGUAUUAAAGCACUGUAA